GGCAGAGAGAAGAGAAGAGAGGAGAAAAGAGGAGAAAAGGAAACCAGACAUAACUAGAAAAAGUAUUUGGAGUAUGUACAAACUCACAGCCGCGGUUCUGCUUUUUGCGCUUGGCGUUCUGGUCUGCGAAGGGGGUAAUCCGUGCUGUUCACAGCCAUGCCAGAACAGAGGCGUCUGCAUGGACGUAGGCACAGGCGAUUAUGAAUGUGACUGUACACGGACAGGGUUUUACGGUCAAAACUGCACAAUACCGGAGUUCAUGACCUGGCUCAAAAUUACCCUCAAACCUUCGCCUAAUACAGUGCACUAUAUACUUACACAUUUUAAGGGUUUCUGGAAUAUUGUCAAUGGAAUUUCAUUUUUACGGAACGCCAUCAUGAGCUACGUCCUCACAUCUCGUUCACAUAUGAUUGACAGCCCACCAACCUACAACGCGGAUUACGGGUACAAAAGCUGGGAAGCCUAUUCAAACUUGUCCUAUUUCACCCGGACACUCCCCCCUGUUCCGGAGGAUUGUCCAACACCGAUGGGAGUAGUAGGUAAGAAGGAGCUGCCCGAUGCAAAGGAAUUGGCAGAGAAGCUAUUAGCCCGCAGACGCUUCAUCCCAGACCCACAGGGCACUAGCCUCAUGUUUGCGUUCUUCGCUCAACAUUUCACACACCAAUUCUUCAAAUCUGACAUGAAGAGGGGCCCUGCUUUCACCGAAGCGCUCGGCCAUGGGGUGGAUCUUAGUCACAUUUAUGGAGUUUCUCUGGACAGACAACACAAGCUGAGACUUUUCAAAGAUGGCAAACUCAGAUAUCAGAUGCUGAAUGGUGAGAUGUAUCCCCCAACAGUGAGGGACGUUGGUGUGGACAUGCACUACCCCCCACACGUCGCAGAGUCCCAGCGGUUUGCAGUGGGGCACGAAGCCUUUGGCCUGGUCCCUGGGCUCAUGAUGUACGCUACGAUCUGGCUGCGUGAGCACAACCGCGUAUGUGAUGUACUAAAGGAGGUCCACCCUCACUGGGACGAUGAGAGGAUAUUCCAGACUACAAGACUCAUUCUGAUUGGUGAAACCAUCAAAAUUGUGAUCGAGGACUACGUGCAGCAUCUGAGUGGCUAUCACUUUAAGCUCAAGUUUGACCCCGAGCUUCUUUUUAACCAGAAAUUUCAAUAUCAGAACCGCAUCUCCUCUGAGUUCAACACCCUGUACCACUGGCACCCGCUCAUGCCCGACUCCUUCCACAUCGAGGAGAGAGACUACAGUUACAAGGAGUUUGUCUUCAACACAACCGUAGUGACUGAACACGGCAUCAGCAACUUGGUGGAUUCAUUUACCAAGCAGAUCGCUGGACGGGUUGCUGGUGGUCGAAAUGUCCCAGGCCCGAUUCUGUAUGUGUCCAUCAAGUCCAUUGAGAACAGCCGAAAAAUGCGGUACCAGUCUCUGAACGCCUACAGGAAGAGGUUCAACAUGAAGCCCUACUCCUCAUUUGAAGACAUGACAGGAGAUAAAGAAAUGGCAGCCAUUUUGGAGGAAAUGUAUGGACACGUGGAUGCCGUGGAGCUGUACCCGGGUCUGCUGGUCGAGAAGCCCAGACAGGACGCCAUUUUCGGGGAGACCAUGGUGGAAAUGGGUGCCCCCUUCUCCCUCAAAGGCCUCAUGGGAAACGCCAUCUGCUCCCCUGAAUACUGGAAGCCAAGCACUUUCGGAGGCCCAGUGGGCUUCGACAUCAUCAACACGGCCUCGCUGCAGAGGCUAGUGUGCAACAACGUGCGGGGUCCUUGCCCUGUGGCGUCCUUUCACGUGCCUGAUGUAAAAGACACAGGCGCAGUGGUUAUCAACUCCAGCGCAGCACAUUCAGGAGGCAGCGAAAUCAACCCCACUGUAAUACUGAAAGAAAGGACUACUGAACUCUAGUUUGAAUGUUAUUUUUAUAUUUA